GAACUCGUCCUGACUCCUGAAUUCUUAAUCCUGAAUCCUGAAGUUUCUGGAACUCCUUGUCAUUGGGUAUCUGAUAUGAUAUAUCAAUAUGUAUGUGACGGAUAAUGGUGAAAGGCCAAUGAUACAAUGCCGCCGUAAUAAUGCACGAUUCUUGUAUACGGCAUGGUAAGUGCAGUAGUAGGUACUUAGUACUCAAUCCUUCCAAGAUCUAUGUGGUCUGGAAACUCUGUCAAUUAAGAGACACGACCUGCUCAUUCCCCUCCUCGGUCUGUUCAUAUUCUACCUUUCAAAAUAGUCCUUAGAUAGACUGCACUGUCUGACCCUUCGAUUGCGAGCAACUCAGGUGCAAUGGCACGAAUCCUCAUCACCGGUUCCUCCGAUGGAAUUGGAUCUCUCUGCGCCCGCGUGUUCGUGAAGGACGGACACAAGGUCGUCCUGCAUGCCCGGAGCGAACAGCGCGCCAAGGAUGCGACGAACCUGUGUCCUGGCGCCGAAACCGUCGUCGUGGCCGACCUCUCGAAUAUCGCCGAGAUGAAGCGAAUGGCAGAAGAGGUGAACAAGCUGGGUGACUUUGAUGUGGUCAUCCACAACGCUGGCCUGUAUCGUGGCCCGUUCCAACGAACCGAAGAUGGAUACCCGAGUCAGUUCGCCGUGAACACGGUGGCGCCCUUCAUUUUGACGUGUUUGAUCAAGCGACCGAAGCGGCUUAUCUACCUCACAAGCAUUUUUCAUCAAUCGUGCGAUCCGAGCUUGAAUGACAUCACCUGGAAGAACCGUGGAGAGGAGCAAUGGAAUGACAAUCAAGGCUACCACGACACCAAAUUUCAUACCGUGCUGCUGGCGAACGCGGUAGCUCGGAGGUGGCCGCACGUCCUCAGCAACGCCCUGGAUCCCGGCUGGGUUCCAACGAAGAUGGGCGGGUCCAAUGCCACCGGGGACAUCAACGACACGGUGAAAACGUACGAGCUGCUGGCUGUUGGUGACGUCCAUACGACGGGCAAGUACUUCUGCGAUUCAAAGGAAGCGAAUCCCAUAGAGCCUGCACUAGACACUAAGCUUCAGGACCGCUUCAUCGACAUCAUGGAGGAUAUCACCGGAAUCAAACUUCCUGAGGAGAACCUCCCCUCGGGAACGAGCACCUCGACGAGGUGAUCCCGGUGACAAUAUAUUGCUCUCUGUCGGCUGUUACAUGUUCGUCAUGUCACUACGCAUAAGAUAAUACAUAUCAAGAGCACAGUCCUAAAGCAAUAUUCUUUCAAUAGAGAGGUUCGGCAAUGUAUGUCCUUAAAUUUAUAUCACCGUCUGGCUGCAGAUGCACAUUCCUCAAGCAUCCAAUCU